AUGGAGCGUAGUUUAGACAUGGAUGCUGGUAUUGGCUCGUUUUAUACCACUAGGGAAGAUCGUGACCAGGCUCUUCUGGUCUUCUUGCACAAGGAGGCUAGCUACUUGCCUGGUGAUGUGUACGUGGAGCAUCUCCAGUCGUUGGAUUUGGCCCAGACUCAAUGCCGGUUGAAUCUCUCGAUUGGGUCGGUGUUUGAUGCUGUGAAUUAUCUUGACCGAUACAUUUCCGUGAACCGAUUCAUGAAAUGGAAAUAUUGGAUGGUUGAAUUACUCUCAGUUGCAUGUUUGUCCAUUGCUUCCAAAUGCAAUGAGGUCUCCAUCCCUCCACUGCUUCAAUUUCAGGUAUGUGAUUAUUACUAUAUUGCUUUUCUUGCUGGUUGUUACUACAAUUCUAGCUUCUAUAUUUCCUUGAUGAUUCUCUUCCACUCAUCGUUGUUGUUGUCAUUAUUGUUAAAAUUCGAAUUUUUACUUUCUUUGAAGAAGAAAAAUGAUGCUGUUGCUGCUGUUGUUUUGAAUUUCUGUUUUAUGGAAGAUCUCGACCAUUCGUUCCUGCCGGACGCAAUCCAGCGGAUGGAAAUAACGGUAUUGAAGGCGUUGGGCUGGCGCCUCACCUGCGUAACUGCUUAUUCCUACGUGGACUUGAUGACGUGGCACCUACACUCCCUCCCACGUCAUAUCCACGUCGCCUUAACAGAACGCAUGACCGAGCUUCUUCUCGGAGCUCUUUCAGACCCGAAAUUCAUAGAGUUCAGGCCAUCUACAGUGGCCGCAUCGGCACUAAGAUGUGGAUUAGAAGAAUUACUACCGUCCAAGUUGGAUACUCAUCUCUCUGAUCUGGCCAGUCUCCUCCCCCAUGAUCGAACGGAUGAGAUGGACAAGUGCCACAAGAUAAUGGAAGAGCGAGUCGUGGACCCGCAGUACAGUCUACUGACCAUGGGUCCCACCUAUGGCCUUUCGAGCCCUGUGUCUGUCAUGGCACCGGAGAGAAUCGACGGGUAUGAUUACUUCGUUGAUUUCACUCUCAUCAACGUAACUAAUCCUAAGAAGCGGAAGAGAGAAGACAUGGCGGGCCUCAUGAUGGAUGAUCAUAGCCCCAUUUUACAAUCUCCUGUCCAUGAGUGA